CUAGAAGAAGAAAAAAAGUCCCCUGUUUGUUCACAAUCUCUCUCUCGCUCUCUCUCCCACUUCGUCCUCGAUUUCAGAUCUCUGCAAAUUUCUAUCAGAGAUCUACCUUUUUGCAAGCUAGGAGAUUAAAAAGGUAGGGUUUUGGCAAUGGCUUCUUUGGAUGUUUCGCUAGAUGAUAUGAUUAAAAGCAGACGUACUGCUGAGAAAGGCAGAGGACAACAAGGCAAGGCCCAACGUGGCGGAGGUGGAGGUGGAGGCCGAGGCCGAGGCGGAGGAAGAAUGAGAGGAAAACCUAAUAAUAGAGGUGGUGGCCGUUUCUUGAGGGUCAAUACUACAGCGGCCACGUCCGCUUUUAACAUUGCUAAGGCAAGCUCCAAAACUGUGGAUCUAUUUUGCAUUCCCUUGAGAAUAUCAUUCCCUUGAGAAUAUCGUACGUAUCAUUUUUAUGUCCAAACACGAGGUAUUCUCCGAGGUCAAGAGCAUUACCAUGCUUGGGCUACAAUUCACUGUUGCAAUGCACGGGUACCUUGUUUUCACGGUAUCUUGUGUUCAUGUGGAUUGCAUUCAGGGACUAUGUACUGGAUCUUUUCAUUAAUGGACAACUCUGAUGUGGUCAAGCAGAUUAUACAAAGCCACAAUGGAGCAUCUUUAAUAUCUAGAAAUUUUACCUAUCAGAGAUUAUAUAUCUGCUAAAAAUAGGGGGCUUGAUUUUUUCUUGAACAUGCCUACUCUAAAAUACGUCAUCACCUUAAACUUGUGAUUGCUGGUUUGCAACUGAUGGCUCUUUAUGGCGCAACCUAUUGAUAGCAUGCAAUUUCUUCUGGGAAAUAUUCAGUGAAAAUCUUACUUUGUGGUGUUUUCCCAAAGAACAUUCCUUUUCGGGCUUCAGAACUGGAGCUUUCUCGUAUAGCAUAGUACCAGUUUAUGUCCUGUUGGUCGAAUCCUCAACUCGCAUCUACCAUCUCAACUUCUUGUAGCUCGAAAUUAGAUUAAAUAAUGUCAAAUCGGCGAAGCAGGGGUUUGCCAUGGCAGCGUGACUUACUUGAGGAGAGCCUUAGGGCUGUUGGCUUACCAGCCAUUGAGAAUGAAUCCAAAUUGUUUGUUUCCAACUUGGAUAGUGGAGUUUCAAACCAGGAUAUAAGGGAACUUUUCUCUGAGAUCGGGGAGCUAAAGAGAUAUGCUAUUCAUUAUGACAAAGAUGGCCGACCAACUGGUUCAGCUGAAGUGGUCUUCAACCGUAGAAGUGACGCAUUCCAAGCUUUGAAGAAGUAUAAUAAUGUUCAAUUGGAUGGAAAGCCUAUGAAGAUUGAAAUAGCUGGAGCUAGCUCAGAUGUCCCGGUUUUGGCUCGUGGUAAUGUUGUUGGAGUAGUAAAUGGAAAGAGGACGGUUGUGAUGAAGCCUGGAAUGAUUCGUCGAAGGGGCUCUAAUGCUUUUGGGCGCAAUAAUGUUCAAAGAAGCCGUAGUGGUAUAAUAAACAAUAGCCGGGGUGGUGUGAUGAAUGCUCGUGGUGGUCGUGGGAAUACUGGUGCUAGGGGUGGCAUGGCAGGUCGUGGUGGCCGUACUCGUGGUCGUGGUAAUACAAGUACCAGAGGUGGUCGAGGUGGCGGACGUGGGGGUAAAAACAACGCUGACAAGUCUGCUGAUCAACUUGAUAAAGAACUGGAGAAUUAUCACGCAGAAGCAAUGCAAACUUGAGCUACAAAGUUGUUCUACGUAGUAAUAUUAGACUCUGUACAAAAGUUCAAGGAUAGUGUUCUACUGCACUGCUGUGUUUAAAUGCUCUUUUUGAACAUUUUUAUGGGUACAUUUGCUUUAAUUUGUGUUUGAUAUGGAUUUUUGACUA